UAUUUAUCAUUUCCUAAACCCUUCAGCGAAACCCUCUGCCGCCGCCGCCGCCGCCGCCGGUUCUACAGCUCUCCGGCCGCCAUUGCAAUUAAUCGGAGAAGAGUAGCUACUUCUAGUGUCUUCCAGUGAUUCUAACAAAUGUCGUUGCUGGAAGUAAUUACGAAAGCUUCGUCGGCAAUUGCCAGCGUUCCCGACCAAGGAUCUAGAUAUCCGAUCGUGUUCAAUCCGGACCCUAUUUUUUCGAAACUGAAGCCGGAGAGCGACGCUCCUGUAGCUGGGGAUCCUGUGAGAAAAGCUAUCGGCUGGGAAGUAUCCGAAAUCGACAGCGAGCUUGUCGAAUUAGGGCGGGGAUUCUUCAAAAGGUUGAAGAAGAAGCUGAACUCCGCGAAUCCGUUGACUAAGGUUAGUUUAAUCGACAUGAUUGUUGCGCACCUCGAAAAAGUUGGGGAUAAAAUUGGAGUUUCAUUGAAUUUGAACAAAUCAGAAAAAUGGUAUCCGUACAAGCUUAUGGAGAAAUUAGGGAUUCUUCUCGGUAGGGAUGCUAAGGAGUUGAUUUUGGAAGGCUGUAUAGUUUCGGAGGUUUGGGAUUUGUUAGGAGUUUUGAUAGUUAAUGGAAUUGUUGAGCAUUCACUAACAUCGUCGUUGAUUUCUAAGCUGAUUGAGAAUCGAAAAUCCGAUUUGUUACUGUUGUGUGUGAAGCAUUCCCUUGAUUUGCAUAGCCAUGAUAUAUUGUCGAUUUUGAGAUAUUUUUUGAUCCUGCCUGAUGAUGGUUUCGAGAGUUUGGUUAGUGUGAAGGAGGAUUGGGAGAGGCAAGCCUUGUCGGCGAUCGAAAAGGCCUGUGGCGGGAAAGGAGUCGGAGGGAAGGAUAAUAUUUUGGCGAAGGAGGCGGCGCAGUUGAUAAUGUUGGCAUACGACGGGUUUUCGGUGUCUGAAUUUUGUUUGCAUCAUUUGCUCGUUUCUCCGAAUCUUGACGAGGUUACGUUCUCGGCUUGCGUUGGUAGGUUGAACGGGGAGGAGAUAAAGGUGUUGGUUAGGUAUUUAGGGAAGUGGCUGAGGAAAUACGAAAGGUUUCCGCAAGUGAUGCCUUGUCCGAAGGCGGCGUCGGUGUUGGGUUUGACGGUUUGCGACUGGAUUCCGAGUCUUGAGAAUGUCACCAAGUGUCUUAGUGUGGUUGUCGACGAGCACUUUUCGUCGUUGAUUUUGCAGAGUGAGUUUGAUGAUCUGAAAUCUUUAGUGGAAAUUGUUGGUUCUUUGGCUGUCGAGGCGCGGCUUUGUGGUACAUUGGCGAAUUUGGCUGAAAACUUGAAAAUGGACCGAAAGGAAAGUUGAUCGCUGGCGUAGAGAUCCUGCAAAGUGGAGUGAGAUUUCUUGCGCCGUGCUGCUUCUGUUGUCGCGGUGAGGUAUUUUGAGUAUGAAAAAUUUUGAAUGCCGCAAAGUUGCAAUAGGCAGAUAUAUAUAUAUAUAUGCGCUGUAUUUUGGUCGAAUUCGUGUUACUUAUAGCUGUGGUAUCGUAGUGUUUCUGAAUGCCUUUCUUUGGUGUGGCCAUACCUGCUUGCAUUUGAAAUAGUUAUCACAGAUGGCCGGCGAUAGAAUUCUUCUUGUGCUUAACUUGGUAGUUCUUGAA